UAAGCUACAUAAAUCGAACGUUUGCGAGAAUUGCGAUUGGAACUUGUUCAGUAACAAUUUUAAUAUUAACAUUUAGCUACAGCGUAACAUUAACUUCUCAUUUGACUGCUCCGAAUUUAGAGCCCGUGCCCAAAACAUUCGCAGAAUUAGUUGAUUAUGUAAAGAAAGGAAAGGUUGCUUGUGGUACUCAUGAUCACCAUACUUUUUACAAUCUAAUAAUGAACUCUGAUAAAGGACUUGUUAAAGACCUAAAAGCUCAUAUGAUAGCAAACAACAACAUUCUCAGUAUAAAAAAUUUCGUGAAACGUGCAAAGGAAGGCCGAAUUGCACUUAUUUCAUAUAGUGGAUAUAUAAAAUCUUUUACAAAUAGACACAAAGAAAAAUUGUUAAUUUCUGAGGAUUCGAUGGCAUUUAUACAAGUUGGAUACCCGAUGAGAAAAGGAUUUCCGUUAAGAAAACAAUUUGAUUACAUGGUUUCUCAAUCGUUGGAAUCCGGAAUAAGAAGUCGUCUGUUCCGGGAAGAGAACUAUGAAAAUGUGAAUGUAAAAAAAAAAUUUCAUGCAUUAAAUUUAACAAACUUUUUAGGUGCUUUCUAUCUUCUUGUGUCAGGAUAUUUGGUAGCAAUUAUCUUCUUUACUUUAGAAGUAUUUAUAGGCAAGAGGGCUAGAGCUGUACCUGUUCAAGAUGACAACGAUAAGUUAUCAGUCUCUUGCAUUCGUAUACAUAAAUAG